AUGGAGUCAGGUUUCUUUCUUUUACAGAGCCUUCGAAUCGGAUACCACGAGAGGGACGUAUCGAUGCACAAAGAUUACAGGGAAGAGCUCUGGGAGGUCCUGGAAGGAAAAUUCAUGCCACCGAGACUUUUCGUCAAGGGAAGGUACAUUGGCGAAGCUGAAGAAGUUUUGGGUUUGAAUGAACAGGGGAAGUUCAGGGUGCUCUUUGAAGGGUUUCCACCAGUUGAUAGAUCAGCUAAACCUUGUGAGGCCUGCAAUGGAGUUUGUUUCGUGCUCUGUUUCAAUUGCAGCGUGAUAGAAACCCGCUCGGCGGGUAGAGUGGGUCGGGUUGGCCAUGUUGGCCGGUUAGGAGUGGCAUUUUUGUUAUUUUCUCUAUUAGUGCUGAAACUCAUAAAAGAGGAGGGAGUAUGUUCAUUUGGGAUUAAGCAAGAAUAUUAUCAUAAUCCCUAA